AUGCCAACUCGACUUGGCGAAGCACGCCCGCCUGACCAGAUCCAGACCCGAACGUUCCGCGCGCGCCUCAAAGAGCCAAUAGACCACCACAGACGGGGCCGUACAGGGCUGAUGUUCAGCAGGGGUUGCGGGAUGUUCAAAGCACUUCCAAUACUUCUCCUGAUUGUGGGAGCCCAUUGCCAGGGCAAUGGGGAUCUGGACUCUGUGCUCAACCAGAUCUUUGGACCCCCACCCACCAAUAACAACCCGACUCCCAAACCUCAAACUUCAACCAUCGUUCCGCCCAUCCAGAACAACAAUGGAGCCGAAGAAGACCUGUCCUGCAAAUUGCCUGAUGGACAGGAAGGGGAGUGUGUCAGUUACUACCUGUGUAACGUAAACAAUAAUACGGUCAUCACUGAUGGUGUCGGCGUCAUUGAUAUUCGUGUGCGCGAUGGUCCUUGUGCGUCCUACAUCGACACCUGCUGUUUGGUCCCCGACAAGAGACCCCCAGACCAGCCCGUGAAGCCUCAGCCCAAACCCGACCAGCCCCAGCGUGAAGGAUGCGGUUGGGCGAACCCUGAUGGAGCUGAUCUCCGUACCACUGGAGAAAUAAACGGAGAGACGAAGUUCGGAGAGUUCCCAUGGAUGGUGGCUAUUCUGAAAAUCGAGCCAGUUAACGAAAAUGAACCUGAAGGUCAGAAACUGAAUGUGUACGUUGGUGGUGGAUCCUUGAUCCAUCCCAGCGUAGUCCUCACAGCAGCCCAUUACGUGGCCAGCGCCAAGGCUUUGAGGAUACGAGCUGGUGAAUGGGAUACGCAAAGCACGAAGGAAAUCUAUCCGUUCCAAGAUAGAGAUGUGGCCUCUGUCGUUACUCAUAAGGAUUUCAAUAAAGGAAAUCUCUUCUACGAUAUCGCGGUUCUGUUCCUGGCUCAGCCGGUGGACUUGGCUCCUAACGUGGGAGUGGUAUGCCUGCCACCCCCCAAAACACGCCAAGACGAUGGCACACGCUGCUUCGCUACUGGAUGGGGUAAAGAUAAAUUCGGAAAAGAAGGCCGGUACCAAGUUAUAUUGAAGAAGAUCGAAUUACCGGUAGUUAAACACGAUAGGUGUCAGGCAGCUCUUAGGAAGACGCGUCUAGGAAGAUUCUUCCAGCUUCACAGUUCAUUCAUGUGCGCUGGUGGAGAGCCAGGGAAGGAUACCUGCAAAGGAGACGGUGGAUCGCCUCUGUCCUGUCCAAUUGAAUACGAAAAGGACCGUUACGUUCAAAGCGGUAUAGUAGCCUGGGGUAUUGGAUGCGGUGAAGAUGGAACUCCUGGAGUCUACGUAGACGUCUCCGUCCUGAGAGAAUGGAUUGACGAUAAGGUCGUUGGCAAAGGAUUUGACCCGAAAACAUACUCUUAUUAAGCACAAUCGACCGUUGUGAGGACUCAAAAUGGCGGAUUUUUGACAGUUGAAAAGAAAAAAGACUGUUCUUUGGCAUAUGGGUUUUUUGCUAUCAAGUUUUAUGUGUGAAAAUCGGGUUCUUUGCUGGGGAAUCCGAGAGAUAGGGAGCUAUAUUUUCACACAGUUUCCUAAGUUUUAAAUGUAAUCUGUCUACGGUUAUAAUGGAUUCUCAAAUACUCGUUUUGAAUUUCAUAGAUCUUUCUAUUUUAUAACCUAAAAUGCUGAAUGUACAGAUUUUUUUCCAACUAAAGUCGGUUUUUUUACAUUUCUGCCAAGGUUGAACCUAGAGCCGUUAUUCAAAAAUCCAACCGUCAAACAUCCGCCAUUUUGUUUCUGACUGUCAAAUUAAACUCAAUGUUACAAGCUCAAAAUAAUUUCUAAGUACCUACCUACUGACAUUUUUGACAAAUAAAAUUAUAUUUUCGUAAUAAAAAAUAAUA